UUUGCCCCCCUCCUCGAGCCGGAAAAUGAAGCAAUCUCCCUUCUGGAUGUUUUUCUCUCUCUGUCUCUCUGUUUCCCUGGGAGGAGGAGGAGGAGGAGGAGAAGAAGGGGCUCCUAGCAGCAGGGAGCCCUUCUGCUGCAACAUUGCUUCCUCUCCUCCUUCCUCUCCUUCUUCCCAGUGAAAGAGAACAUUGUUUCUUCUCCUUUGCCACUCUUAGCCUCUCCAGCUGAUCAAGGGAGCCAGCCCUCCAUUGCAAUCCAGGGAAAAGGGGGCUCCAGUGUUUUUUUUUUGGGGGGGGGAUCCUGGGGAUGAUGUCCCAUGAGAGGAGUGAGAGACCCCCCAACCCUGAGCCACCCCCUGCUACUGUCUACGUCCUCCUGGAGGACCCAAGAUCCUCAGAGGCCAUCCAACUCCUCAGCCUCAACUCCGUGCUUCCAGAGUCUGGGAUUGUGGCCGACAUUGACUUGGAGAAUAUUCUCUCACUGAACAACGACAGCUUCUACGAACUCAAGAGCCAGCCCAUUGGUGUCAGCCCGCCGAGUGCCCCAGCCCAAGGUCCCAGCAUGUCGUCCCGGGUGCUUCUUCGCCAGCAGCUGAUGCGGGCACAGACUCAAGAGCAAGAGCGCCGGGAGCAACAGCAGGCCGCUCAGUUCACUUCCACGCCCCCUGCACCUUCCACACCUGCAAUUUCUGUGAGCCCACUGGCACGUCCUGCACCUGCCCAGGUCCCUGUGGAAGUACUGAAGGUUCAGACUCACUUGGAGAACCCCACGAAGUACCACAUUCAGCAAGCACAGAGGCAGCAGGUCAAGCAGUACCUCUCCACUGCCAUGGGCAACAAGAUGGCAACCCAGGCCUUAGCUGGGGCUAGCCCAGGAGCACCAUCCUGCUCCCCACAGGCAGCGUCAGCUCCUGAGUCCCAGCAUGGCUUGGCUCAGCAGCAGCAGCAGGGAGUGGCAGGUGGGACAGGGAGUGCCCCCAAUAGUCCCAUGGCUAUGCUGAACAUUGGCUCCAGCUCUGAGAAAGAGAUUGAUGAUGUCAUUGAUGAAAUCAUCAGCCUAGAAUCCAGCUACAAUGAUUACAGUGGUCUGCAGAUGCCCAGCACACUGCCUGUCUCUGGAAACCUCCUGGAUGUAUACAGCAACCAAGGAAUGAUGGAGCCAGUUGUCACUGUCAGCAACUCUUGUCCGGCUGACUUGCCCAAUAUCAAGAGAGAGAUGUCAGAAAAUGAAGCCAAAGCAUUUCUGAAGGAGAGACAGAAGAAGGAUAACCAUAAUCUCAUUGAGCGGCGGAGAAGGUUCAACAUUAAUGACAGAAUCAAAGAACUGGGGACCCUCAUUCCAAAAUCAAAUGAUCCGGAGAUGCGUUGGAACAAAGGAACCAUCCUGAAGGCUUCAGUGGACUAUAUCCGGAAGCUGCAGAAAGAGCAGCAGCGCUCCAAGGAGAUGGAGAUCCGACAGCGGAAGCUGGAGCAGGCCAACCGCAGUCUUCAGCUGCGAGUGCAGGAGCUGGAACUCCAGGUCCAGAUGCAUGGCUUGCCUUUGACAUCAACACAGGGACUGCUGACACAGUCCUUGGGCGGAGACACAGUUCCCCCCUUCACAGAUACAUUGGAUCUGCCCUUCUCAGCUGAAGAACUAGGGCUAGGCCUUGCACUGGGAUCAGACGUGGCUGGUCUCCAGGAUGUUCUCAUGGACGAUGGGACUGCUCUAUCCCCGCUUGGCGCUUCUGACCCACUACUUUCCUCUGUCUCACUGGUGCCUCCAAAGGCAGCAGCCGCCGUUCCAGUUUCAGCAUGGAAGACGAUUCGUGAUGGCAGCACGUGGGACUUUGGCAGCCGGAAAGGAGGAGCCGCUAAAGCUCCGGUCCUUACACACCUGGCUCCUACUCUGCCCAGACUUCCCCUCUGGUCCCAAAGGGUCUCAAAUGGGGGAGGCUCAUCCCUUCUGCUGGUAUAGGCCCAUGCCCCUUCCGAAGUACCACCUCUUUCCUUAACAUUCUGUAUUUUAAAGUGUUAACUUUCUGCCCCUUCAAUCAGGGGGCAGAAGGGAUAGUGUGGAUUCAAUUUCCUCCCAUGGGAAAGUUGGCUUGCCGAGCUGUUGGAUACCAAAUCUCCCCGGAAAGCACCAGAAAUAGGUUAUCCCUUAACAAAGUGUGGGGCCCUAAACCGUUUAUAGUCAGCAAGGUUCAGAGAUGUUAGGAAGAGUUAGAUCUCUAUGCAUUUCCCUAACCCUGCCCUGUUUUAAAACUAGUAGGGUGUUCCUGUAUCACUGUGUGAGGAGUGUAUCGCCACCUGCUUUGGUUUGCUCACUCCAGCCCUUGCUUUAUAUAUUCUUGCACCUUCAAUGUAUAUAAUUUGGGAAGUUGGUAUGAGCAGGGAAGGAGGAAAGUAGCCUCUUUUUAAGAGCUUUUGCAGUACAGAGCCUUGUCCUCCUCUUCCUCCUUCCUUUUUUUUUAAAUGAGCUUUAUUUUAUAGAUAUUGGACUUGUUAAAAAUAUUGUAAAUCUAACCCUUCUACUGCUCUCAUUUUAAAUAUAAGGGUUCACCAAACUGAUGCUUAAACAUUUGGUGAAGCCUUCAUGUUUUAAUUUUGGUUCCCCCCCCCCCCCCCAGUUUUGUUCAGAUCUGGCUGAAAGAAAACCUGAUUUAUGUCUCUCGUGUUUUCUUUGUGGGCAAAGGAAUAAGGGAGAGGAAAAUAGAGAAAUAAUUCUCUUGCACUUGCUUUUAUAUUCAUUUAAAUCUUAAGAGUCAUAACUGCUCAAUAGGAUUUAACUGUCACCUCUCCUUUGGUUUUUUUUAUAAAUUAAAUAUCUCUUUCUUUUUAAUAUAUAUAUGAUGUUAUAAUCAAUUUUUAAAUAGCAUUUUUUGCAUAUUACAUGGACCUAAAGAGAAAAAAGCUGUACUGACUGUACUGUUUAUUGAAUCUACUAGCCUUCGAUUGCACCUGAGUUUUGUUUGGUAUAGGAGGGUGUUGUAAUUGCUGCAAAGACAAUCAUUUGGUCUCUACUGUAGGCCUUGCCACUUUGUGUGAAUGCUGUCAGACAGAAAUGGGCACCUGGAAGCAGUUUGUUUUUCUUGCAAAAGGUUACAUGAAACUCAAACUCUUUAAGAACUGAGCGCUGUUGGAUGUUCACACAUCUCUGUUGUUGGAUGUCUACACUGGGUUAGAGCGAAGGGAAAGAUAAUUGGCCUCUGCCCUUCAGGUCAUAUAAUUUGAAUCUGCAAAUUGCUGCCAGGAGGUGGUUGAGCUAGGAUGGUACAACUUCACCCAUUUGACCACAUGAUAAUGUAGGUUUGUAAUUGGAAAGAUGCGGAGAAUCUCACUCUUACCUGGAUGCCUGUUGAGCAGGAAGUGAGAAGACGGGAGUGGGUAUCAAUCAUGUUGUUUCAGCAUGUCUUGCUAUUAAGAAGAAAGGAUUGCGAGUUGAAAAAAGAAAGGUUAGGCAAGUGGUUGUAGAUCUUGAAGUACUAGGACCAGGCUUCAUUAAUAAAGCAUUGUAUCAAUGUAGUGUUCAGGGGAUGAUAGGGGGGAGCAUUUCAGAAUGAGGGAAAGGACUGGUUUUCCUGUUUUGGAUUUUAUGCCCUCAUGACCCAGACACCACUUUCUGUCCUUUUUACUUUGUAUGUUUAAACAUUCCCAUUACUGAUAAUAGAAGCUUCUGAACAAAUAAACCCACGAUGAUCAUUUUCUAUA